CGCGCGGCCCGGCCCGGCGCGGGCGGAGGGGAGAAGGCGGGGUGCGCGCGGCGGCCAGCCCGCAGAAGCCGAGAGCCGCGCAGGAGGACGGAGCGCCCGCCGCGAACUCGUCGGAACCGGAAGGAGACUAUAAUUUCGGAUUCCCUGGUGGAGGAAAACAAAACGCUCUGGUCUUGCUUCCAAUGAUGCAAGUGUGAUUGUCAGUGUCUUCAUGAGCUCCAGAGGUCACAGCACACUACCACGGACUCUCAUGGCCCCUCGGAUGAUUGCUGAGGGAGACAUAGGAGGCAUCGCUCAAAUCACCUCCUCUCUCUUCCUGGGCAGAGGCAGUGUGGCCUCCAACCGGCAUCUCCUCCAGGCUCGUGGCAUCACCUGCAUUGUUAAUGCUACUAUUGAGAUACCCAAUUUCAACUGGCCCCAAUUUGAAUAUGUUAAAGUGCCUCUGGCUGACAUGCCUCAUGCCCCCAUUGGACUAUACUUUGACACUGUGGCCGACAAGAUCCAUAGUGUGAGCAGGAAGCAUGGGGCCACCUUGGUGCACUGUGCAGCAGGGGUGAGCCGCUCAGCCACUCUCUGCAUUGCUUACCUGAUGAAAUUCCACAGUGUGUGCCUGCUGGAGGCAUACAACUGGGUGAAAGCCCGGAGGCCUGUGAUCAGGCCCAAUGUAGGCUUCUGGAGGCAGCUGAUAGACUACGAGCGCCAGCUUUUUGGGAAGUCGACAGUUAAAAUGGUACAGACACCUUAUGGCAUAGUUCCAGAUGUUUAUGAGAAAGAGUCCCGACACCUGAUGCCUUACUGGGGGAUUUAAUGCCAGCAAAGCCUGCAUCAGCAGCCCCUCAAGCAGUACCAGCAUCUGCUCCCCUCUUCACCUUUCUUUUCAAAUGGUUGACUUUUUGGUUCUCCCUGAAGUGUUCAAGUUUAUUUUAAGAGGUAGGGAGGAGGGGAGGAACAUAAGGGGAAUGCAUACAUUGCUAGUAACAUUUUUAAAACUAACAUUUUGGAAUAGUGUUUAUGAAAAUCUUUAACUAGCUUUUAAUCAUUUUUAAUAAUUUGAACAGUUUAAUAAGCUGGUUCUGCUCUAUCUUGAAUCCCAUGCCUUUUGGCAUGACAGGUGCAAGAGAAGCUCAGUGCAAAAAUCACUUUGGGUCCUGUCUAGCUAAUCCUGUAGAGACAAGCUUUGCCUAAGACUGCUGACCACACAAGUGCUUAGGGAAGAUUGAUACCGUCUUCAGUCUCUACUGGAUUAGCCCUACUCUUUCCUUUUCCCUUUAUUAUUUAGUAACUUUGUAAGGUAAAAAGAAAACACCUUUAUUAUUUAGCUGUUAAUUAUAACAAAAUCUGCUGCAAACACCCUCUUGGAAUCAAUGUGCCCCAGACUAUAUUAUUUUUAAUAAACCUGUCUGCUUAACAUAUUAGAAUAUUUACUAAGAAGAAUUUUAGGGUGUGUGUGUUAUGUUGAAUGGAAGAAAGAUGCUCUCCAAUAAUUGUUAUAAUAUGGCUUCUGUGACAAUAAUGAACAUUACUGAAAAUAGA